AUGUCUAGGUCAGCCUUCAAAUCCCUGCGCUCUGCCGCCUCACUCGCUCCUACCAAGAUCUCUCGACACUACGCCACCAGACGCGCCUCAACGCUCACCAAGCAAAACAAGCUCCCAGCUUCCUAUUACCGCGGCGGCACCUCUCGAGCAAUAAUAUUCAAGCAACAAGAUCUGCCCACCGACCGCACGGCAUGGCCGCCCAUCUUCCGCGGCGCAAUUGGCUCUCCUGACCCAAACGGCAGGCAGCUCGACGGCCUGGGCGGUGGGCUCUCUUCCCUCUCCAAAGUCUGCGUCGUAGGACCCUCCUCACAUACAGAAGCCGAUGUAGAUUAUACAUUUGCCGCUCUGGGGAUCAAGGACGAAGAGGUGGACUUUUCUAGUAAUUGCGGGAACAUGACGAGUGCGAUUGGGCCAUUUGCGAUUGAUUCUGGAUUGGUAGAACCGCCGACUGUAGGGGAAGGAGAGGCCACAGUCAGGAUACAUAAUACGAAUACGGGGAAGAUUAUACAUGCUACAUUUCCGGUUGUCGAAGGUGAGGCUGCUGCGCAUGGACAGUUUGCGAUUGACGGCGUGUCGGGAACGGCUGCCAAAAUCGAACUGGCGUUCAUCAACCCAGCAGGAUCGAAGACGGGAAAGUUACUACCUACUGGAAAUGUGGUAGAUAACUUCGACGGCAUCGAAGCGACAUGUAUCGAUGCUGGGAAUCCGUGUGUCUUCAUCCAAGCCGACGAUAUGGGUGUAGAUGGCACAAUUCUACCAGAUGAUAUCGAUGUCCACCCUACACUCCUCACAAGACUGGAUUCUAUACGUCGACAAGCUUCGGUCGCAAUGGGAAUUAGCAAAGACGUCAAAUCCACACCCGGCUCAAUCCCAAAAAUUGCUAUGGUGUCUCCGCCCACUUCUCACAAACUCCUCUCGGGCGAGACGAUACAAGGCGAUACAGUAGACUUGGUAGUCAGGGCUCUAUCUGUUGGCCAGCCGCAUCGUGCGGUGCCUAUCACAGUUGCAAUGGCUAUUGCUGCUGCUGCGAAUCUAAAGGGGUCAAUGGUCUAUAGGAGUGUUGGCAGAGGAAGGGUGGACUUGGAUGGGAUUACUCUGGGGCAUCCAAGUGGGAAGAUACUGGUGGGGGCGAAGUUUGAUGAAGACGGAGGUUUGACGAAUGCUACAGUGUUCAGGACGGCGAGGAGGCUGAUGGAGGGAAUUGUUUAUUGGAAGUGA